AUGCUGUUUUGGCACAGCCAGCCGGAGCACCUGUGGCCCAGCCCCGGGGAACUGUACCCCGGGCCACCAAGCAGCUUGCUCAGGGAGGCCUUGCCCUUGCCCUACCUGAAGCAGGAAGAGCCGCCCAACAUCCCCCGUGCGGAACCGCCCUGCCCCACCUUCCAGUACGUGCUCUGCGCAGCUACCUCGCCAGCUGUGAAGCAGCAGGAGGAGACCCUCACCUACCUGAACCAGGGCCAGUCCUAUGAGGUGAGGAUGCUCUGCAACCCCAAACUGGGCGAUGCCACCCAGGGGCCCCGGCUGCUGAAGAGUGUGGUGCGUGUGGUUUUCCACGACCGGCGCCUGCAGUACACGGAGCAGCAGCAGCUGGAUGGGUGGAGGUGGAGCCGGCCUGGGGACCGCAUCCUGGACAUAGAUGUGCCACUGUCCGUGGGGGUGAUAGAACCCCAAGUGCUACCCUCACAACUCAACACGGUGGAGUUUUAUUGGGACCCGGCCAAGAGGACCUCCCUCUUUCUGCAGGUUCACUGCAUCAGCACUGAGUUCACUCCUAGGAAAAAAGGUGGAGAGAAAGGUGUUCCCUUCCGCCUUCAGAUCGACACUUUCAAGCCCUGUGACAAGGAGCUUUCGCCGGAGCACCUGCAUUCAGCUGGCUGCCUCAUCAAGGUGUUUAAGCCCAAAGGAGCUGACCGGAAACUGAAAACUGACCGGGAGAAGGUUGAGAAACAGCCCGUGCAUGAGAGAGACAAGUAUCAGACAGCCUGUGAGAGCACAGUCUUCAUGGAGUGUUCACCGUGGCCAGAGCCCAGUUCGGGACCCCACCCGCCUCUGAGCCCUCUUGCUCUGACCUCCCCCAACUCCUGCAAGCUCCCCCCGGAGAGGCUCUGCUCCUCACCACCAUUCGCCUUGGACACCUUGGGGGGCAGCCCAGCUCAGGUGAGUCUUUCCUUUCCACACUCCCACACCCCCUAUUGCAAAGCCUUCUCAGCAGUGUCAUCUCACUCUCCAGAAUAG